CACGUUUAAUGAACUAUUAAGUCUUAUUAUGUCUCUUUUGUCAGUAUUUCAGUUGUCAUACUGUUUGGACAGUGUAAGCAAUGUGAAGUAAAGUUACUAAUACUGUUGUUACGUACUAUUUGUUGAUUAUUUUCUGAUAUUGAUAAUGUAAAAUGUCAUGCUGUUUUACUUGUUAAGAGAGAACAAUGAACACUGUAUUAUAUAAUAUAUAAUACAGCACAUAAAAGUGUGCUGUUUUAGGAAAAGAAGGCUCUGGGUCCACUGUGACCCUGACAUGGAUAAUGCACUUCAAAAGGAUGAAUGAAUUCCUCCUCUUAACAUGCUGACAGUAAAGCAGCUUGUACAUGUCUUUUGGGUAUCAACAUGUUUGCACUUGUUUUUACAUGCCAGUUUAGUCUCAACGGACAAACAGUUUAUCGAAUGUCUGAGAAGGAAGUCGUUCAGUGACUAUAAAUCCGAUAUGGCUGAUAGCAUCUAUGUGUUCUUUAGAUUAUACAUGCAUUAUGAGCGAGUUUCUAAAUUGAAACCUGUACAGCUAAGUUCGUGCCAGAAGUGCUGAUAUCAUCACAUCAUUACAUCACAAAGAUAUUUAAUACUAGCAUAUGGCAUCUGCAUGUACACAGUGAGGCUUUCACAACACUGUAAAACUGGAUAGUUCAUUUAACUCAAAACAUUUGAGGAAACUAAUGACCUCAAAAUGUUUAAGUUGAUAAAUCAAUUUCUUUAAGCCAAAUACACUUAAAUAUAACAAAAAUUUAACUCAAACUUUCUAAUUUAAAAUAAAUUUUUGUGAAUUUUCUGAACAAAAGAUCAAAAGGUUAAACAAUAAAGAAAAUUUUUCACAGCCUUCUUAUAUUUUAGCUUGUAUUUACCAAGGGUGUAAAUAUUAGUGGAGGGCACUGUAUAUUAUCAAACAAUUAUUUGGUAGGAAUGGAUGAAAAUGUCUAUUCAGUUUGAAAAUUCUCCAGUGAGCAAACAUUGAAAUAAAGUGUAGUAUUAUCAGUCAUCUCCAUGUUUAGCUUCCUCUGGCCAUAAUUAUUUCAACUGAAUUCUUGGUCACUCAUUUUACAAUACAAUAGUUGUCAUUAAGUAUUUAGAGGGCACAAAAUAGAUCACAAAAUAGACCUCAGUAUAUUAACCGUGGCCGCACCUUAUUAACAAAAUAACCUCCAUAUCACCUUAGCAGCGUUGUAGUAAUAUGAUGAAGCAUGUCUGAGAACUGAAUGACAUUAUUCUUUUAUUACUUGAAAACCCUAUCUCCUGUGCCUUGAAGUCAAUCUUUAAACCAGUCAAUUCUUCUUCCUCCUUGUACUGGAAAUAUAAUAAAAAACCAAAACAUCAAAUUAAGAAAAUGUCCUCUAUUUAUAUAGCAUUAUUUGUAAACUCCAACGAUGGCACAUAUGUAUGUAUUAAUGUUUUAGAUUAGCAUGUAUCUCAUUUCUUCUCACAUAGAUGGAAAAUAACUGUUCUGGCAACAAGACAAAAGCCCCACCUUAUGAAAUCACAGCUCAGCCUUUUGAUAUGUAACAACCUUCACAGCUUGUUUCACAGUUACUCUCGGAAGGCUGAGACAUGGCUACGAUGUACAGCAAUGUGUCAACUGAGAACUACUCUGAUUACCAAAACAUACAGAACGACAAGUACUCAGUCUGCAGUAAUAUCAAAUUAAAGGCCUUCAGCCGAGUCUUCCUACCUACCCUUUACAGCAUCGUCUUCGUUGUGGGAUUCAUUGGAAAUGGCCUGGUGGUGUGUGUUCUGGUCAAAUAUCACAAAAAGUCCAACAUGUCAGAUCUGUGUCUCUUCAACCUGGCUAUUUCAGACCUCCUCUUCCUGAUCUCAUUGCCUUUCUGGGCUCACUACGUUGCCAUCUCUGAGUGGACUUUCGGGAGCUUCAUGUGUCAUGCAGUAACAGCGCUCUACAUGCUGGGAUUCUAUGGAAGUAUCUUCUUUAUGAUUCUCAUGACCGUUGACCGCUACGCUGUCAUUGUCCACACUUACACCUCCCUCUUCUCCAAACACCGGUCUGUCAGAGCUGGCAUAGCCCUGGCUUUGUUUAUAUGGGCACUUAGCUUGGGAGCUUCUCUGCCAACCAUCAUUUUCUCCAAAGUGAAGAAUGAAUCAGUUGGUAGUACAUGCAAGGUGGAAAAUCCUAAAGGAUCAGCGUGGGACUCCUUCACUUACAUUGAACUGAACAUCCUCGGUUUGAUCAUUCCUCUCUCAGUGAUGCUGUUCUGCUACUCGCGCAUCAUCCCCAUCUUAAUGACGAUGAAAUCUCAGAAGAAACACAAAGCUGUCAGGCUCAUGCUGGUCUUGGUUACUGUUUUCUUCCUCUUCUGGAUGCCCUACAACAUCGUCAUCUUCCUGAUGUUCCUGAAACAAUUGGGCUACAUGACAGGCUGUGAGUGGGAACAGGACCUGCACAUGGCUAUGCAGUGGGUGGAAACCAUAGCGUUCAGUCACUGCUGCCUCAACCCCAUAAUCUAUGCCUUUGUGGGGCAGAAAUUCAGAAAUUUAUUUAUAAAGAUCCUGAACGAGUGGUUUCCUCUUUGCUUUGGUCGAUGCACAGCAACUGAAACGAAGUUCUCAGAGAGUCGGAGCUGUAAGUCCUCACGCUGGACAAGUAUCAGUACAAAGACAAAAUCAAAACAGUAAUUGUUAUCACAUAUUAUCACUAACGCCUAUUUCAGCUUGUAAAAGUGAAUAAUUUAUGCAUAUUUUAUAUGUUCAUACAUUUUGAAUGAGCAGUGAGUUCAUUUUCAAAAUAUAAUCUACCGAGAAUAUGUAAUCACAUCAUAGUAACUAAUAUAUCUCAUUAUGUCUCUUUUGUAUUUGACUUGUAUUACUAUUUGUAAAGUGCACCGGUGUAUAGUGUCGUUACUAUUGCAACCCAAAGUGGAUUGUAUUACUAGAAAAUAUUCAACUUUUGUGUCACCUGUUAAAGACAGAACAACAACCAACACGUUGCAUUACAUAAUGAAUAAAAUACUUGAAGGCAUGUUAUAUAUUAUAAGGCUCUGGAUCCACUGUGACCCUGGCAAUGAUAAAGCACUUAUUGAAGAUUAAUAAAUGAAUCCUUCAUAAACCCUGCCAGCAAGUCAGCUUGUCCAUUUCUUUCAGUGGGAUCAAGUUUUGACAUGUUUUUACAUACAGGUUUUGAGUCACCAGGCUGAGCCAAAUAUUUUAUGCACAUAUCAGAGAGAGAAAUUAUUCUUUGACUCGUAUUUGGGUUGGACAGGUCAGGACCAGUUGCAGAGUGUUGUUAUUUAUAGAAUUGUGGUGUGACUGAUAGCAUCUGUGCAACCUUUUACUUAACUGGGCGUCUAUUAACAAAGGAGUUAGUUUGCUUUUACUUCAAACACAGAAAUUUGUGCCAGAUCACAACGCCACUUCUCAAAGUUAUUUAAUGCUAUUGGCAUUAUAUUGUGGUAUAUGCACAGUAACAGUAACUUUCACAAUAACAAACUCUCGGGUAUACUUUCUUUUUCCUGCAGGCUCCCAGUUAUAAUAAUGUAGGCAACUACAUAUUGGAGCAACUACAUUUCCCAAAUACUUUCGUAAAGUACGAAUCUUUAAGUGGUUAAAAUGUAAUUUUAACUAAUUUUAACUGGAAUUCAACUAAUAGAUCUCGUAUGGUAGCACUUCUUGUAUUGUUCUCUGCUUGAUAUCGCUUUGCUUGUAUCUUUCUCAUUUGUAAGUCGCUUUGGAUAAAAGCGUCUGCUAAGUGAAUAAAUGUAAUGUAAAUGUAAAAGUGGUUACAAAUAUCUGUCAGUGAAUCUUGGUUACAAAAAAUGGAUAUGCAAGCGACACCUAAUGAAAACCUUUCAGAAGUGCUUUCUGUGUGAACUCGUCUGGUGAAGUUUGUCGCAGUCAUGGACCAAGAAUAAAACUUCUGCUGUGGGAUAUAUAUUACCAACAGGGUGUUUUUGUUCAUGAGGUUGUAAGGUAUUGUUUUAUACACAAAAAAAAAUUACAAUAUGGGUGCAAAUAAAAAGCAAGCACAUGCUAAUGUUCUUGAAUCCUGAAUCUCAUAUUCUAAAAUCUAUAGGAAUAUUUUGGUAUCUGAUCUGUAGUGAGCUGCUUUCUUAUAAUAUUCCAUGACUAGGCAUUCUCAAAGGUAAUUUCACCUUCAGGAACAGCCAUCAAGCUGGAAAUGUAUUUUUCAUCACUAUUAUUAAACAUGGGUUCACCACUAAGCACUAAAGACUUAGUCAUUUGCACAAGAUUCAGUUUGUGAGAGGAAAAAAAAGGAUUGAAAACAGAAGGAAAGUGUUUUGACAGCGCUUAAAUGUAACAAUAGAUGAUACCACAGAUCGGAAAUAAAGUUUUAAAGAUUCAAAGAUUAAUCAACUGACAAAGAACACCGAAAAGCUUCCAUUUCUAGCAAAGUCACAAUGAAAACAAAUAAAUAAAAAAUCGGGG